GUCACACUCAGGGUCAGUUUGACCGGCCCCAUUGGCCCCAUACAGAGACUGCCCUCCGGCUCCUGAGACAGAACCUCAUCUUCUUACCCGCCCCUUUUUGUCCCCCACUGGAAGAACGCUUCGUGUACGUUCCACAGAAUCUGACUCCACCAUCACCACUUCCAGUGAGACUGCUCUUCUCCCUCGUAGUGACAACUCUCAGGAGAGAAAUAUUCCCCGCCUCAAGGAAAAGCUAACUUCAGACCUUGCCUCCAGCUUGCUCUUUCUGAUCAUCCGUCAAGUUUUCUGUUCUCAGAGUUCCAGGAGUGCAUCUAAGGAUCAGCUGUUACAAGUAAACUAAAGAUGGAGGCUGAUGAGGAAAAAAAACAGAAAGCCUCCACGUAUGAAAUUACCAACUAUGGGGCCUCUGCUCCUGAGUUCCCCACAUCGAUGGUGACCCCCAUUCCUGAGGAGGUCCUCAAUCUUGAGGAAUCCAUCUUCUUUGAGGAACCUAUCACUGAAGCUCUCGGUGCAGAGAUGCUAAGUAGAUCUUCUAUUUCUGAGACCCAUACCACUGAAAAGGAAGGAGAGGCCCACAAUUCUGAAGAUUUUAAGAGCCCAGCAGAGAAACCACUCUCUGCAGGCCACUUCCUUCCAGUCAAAUCCCCAAAAAAUUUCACAUCUAAAGACCAAGAGGAACAGUAUGAAGAAGGCAUCAGUGAUGACCACAUCCAAACAAACCAUCGAAAUGUCCGAGGAAAGAAGACAGUGAAGAAACCAACCUCACGUUAUACAGCACGUGGCACUGCCCCAUCCGACAAGCCAGAGGUGCUAGCAGUUGCCAAAGCUAUGCACAGGGAGAAGUUUGGAUGUCGUAUGAAGCAACUUUUCCAGUGGGAGAAGGAUGCAACACUGCAAGCCAUCCAGUCAGGUCUUUACAUUGGUUGGCGCUGCCCUCAUUACCUAUGGGACUGCUACCGUAUUGGAAAUGAGUCAAAGUGCUUUUGUGGACACCUACUGGCCAAUCACCGGAUCAUCUCAGAUAUAUCUGUUCCUUGUACCAAGACUGCAUGCCGGUGUCAAAUGUUCUGCUUCAUCCCAUCACGGCCAGAAGAAGUAGGAGAGUUCUGGCUUCAGAAACGAUCCGGUUUUGAUCCCAAAGCUUGGAGGGCCCUUUGUCGUUGCAAACACAACCACGAGGAGCACUUAGCCACGGGGUCCCAUGCCUGUCGACAUCGCGGCUGCCAGUGUAACUUCUUCCAGUCAAACUUCCUUUGUGCCGCGUGUGACCGAAGAUGGGAGGAGCACGAGACCUUCUUUGAAUCGGAGGAGAACAGGAGGCAGGGAGGGCGACCAAUUGGAGCUGACUGCAUACCUUUUGCUGAGAAGCCUGCCCUCCAAGAUACCAUCCUCCCUUCCUCGGAAUAUGAGGCCCUUGUGAAGCAGAGUCCCCCAGGCUCUUUUGUGCACUCUGGACCUUCUGGUCCUGGCCCCAGCAAGCCCUUCUGAUCCUCAACUCUCACGUACUCUGCUCUUCCCUCCCCAGGGACAUGCAGUAUUACACCCGGCAUAGGAACAUGUGAGCUGGGCUCCAACGCCAGAAAAUAAAGAUAUGUCCACAGUGUAUGGAC